GGCGGAGGUAGAGUCACGUGGGCGUGUCGCUGCCAUUUUGUAAGCGGCACCGGUGGAGGCUUGAAGCUGGAAAUGUGAGAGAGGCUAUCUCCUUCAUCUGUUCCAAAAACUGAACAUCUAUUAGGUAGAGGAAUGGCCACUGGAGACUUUUUGAACGACUGUCUUACCUUUCCUGACAGUCAUCCAUCUAUCUGACUGAUCCUGCUGGGAUCAGAGGGAACAAGACUUCAUGGCUCCGAACAGAGUAAUCCUGACCAACUACUUCCACCAGCAUCUGAUUUCUUGACCUGUUUGAGGACCAAACAUGGAGUUGGUGAAGAACGUUCACUCUGGCCUUCCUCUUCCUGAGCCAGACUCUGAAAUCCAGCGGCUCUCUCUGGUCCGUGGCGAUUACCUCUACUAUCAUUAUGGCUGUGAUGGGACAGAUGACUGUGGCUGGGGCUGUGGCUACCGAACGAUGCAGACACUCUCCUCCUGGAUUAUUCUGCAGCAGACAAACAUAAAGAACCACCGGGUGCCCACCCUGAACGAGGUGCAGGAGGCACUGGUGGAGAUGGAGGAUAAGCCCCAAAACUUCAUUGGCUCUAAGACCUGGAUUGGCUCCUUUGAGAUCGCACUGUGCAUCGAUAAGUUCUACGAUGUCCCAUGCAAACUGAUCCAUGUGCGCCGAGGGGGUGAGCUCCUGCAGAAAGUCGAUGAGCUCUAUCUGCACUUUGACACGCUGGGUUCUCCUGUCAUGAUGGGUGGUGAUAAUGACAAUGCUUCUAAGGGGAUUCUGGGCAUGUGCACGGGCAUGGAGAACCACUACCUCCUCGUCCUCGAUCCCCAUUAUUCUGGGAAUAUCUUAGACAAGGAAUAUGCCCAAAGGAAAGGCUGGGUUGCUUGGAAGAGGCUGGACUUGUUUGACCAGAAUUCGUUCUAUAACUUCUGCCUCCCUCAGUGCAAAGGUGUGUAACAAUGCAACAUCACUGCAACACAUAUCCGUCUGCUCUUGCAUUGUGAUCUGUUUAUUGAACAGCCGUGAUAAUUGGUUGAAAUGAAGCUUCAAUUAAAACAUGCUCCUGUACAAGGUUAAUGUAA